AUAUCCACUGGAAAGUGAAACCGGUUUAGGGGAAUUGGCAAUCCAGGUCCUUGACGUUAGAUCCCUCGGUAUAUAGCUCUUGUCUCUGAAACAAUCUCAUCAGUUGAGUCCGACAUUUAUACAAGAUCUCCACUAAAGACAAUGUCUUCCGCCUGGCUGUUCAUCGUCGCCAUCACCAGUGGCAUAAUAGCUCUUUCAUUCUCUUACCCAGAAGGAGCUCCAAAAGAAACAUGUGCAACAUUCAGGCCAAACCACGACAAUCAUACACCUAAAACGAGUCCACACAAUUAUGAACUCAGUGCCAAUCCUUCAUCCGUGCAACAGGGCAGCACGACAAAAGUUACUCUUCAAGGGAAAGGCGGAGAGACAUUCAAGGGCUUUUUCAUUCAAGGGCAAGAUGAAGUUACUAAGCGACCUGUUGGAAAAUUUAGAAGACAAGGAGAUGCAAACACUGUAGAUUGUAGCGGAACUGCUACUUCAAUAACUCACGUUAAUCCUAAAGACAAGAGCUCUGUUAGCGUUGUGUGGGAAGCUCCAGCUUCUUAUACGGGAAAAGUAAUCUUCAGAGCUGCUGUGGUGAAAACCUUUGAAAACUUCUGGGACAAUAUUUAUAGUCAACCCAUAGUGAUUAACUAAAAAUUGCAGAUGAGAAAAGAAUCUUCAGCCAGCUACUGAAGAAGAAACUCGACGCUUCGUCAUUAAAUGUCUCGCAAAAUUUUCAGUGCAAAACCUUUGUUGCAAAGAAUGCUUGAAAUACUAUUUUUCUUAUUUUUAUACCAUGAAUUUUGUAUUUCAAGUUUUUGAUUAUAUAUACUUGUUUUCUUGCGAUCAUUAAAGUUUUGAUAUGUAAAAAUA